GCUGAGCGGGAUGUGAAGGGACGGCAGUGCGGUCCGAGCAGCCGACACACACGCUCCAAACACGGGGCUACAUUUCACCCUAUAACGCCUUUAUUUUGCUUAACCAACCGCCGGAGUUUGUCCGAAUAGAUCAAGUGAACGUCAUUAAUGAACAUUGCGGAUAAUUCCCCCUCCUCCUCCUCCGUUUCUCCACGACAGAGCGCCGUCUCCGUGUCCGGAUGUUCCCGCGGUGCUGGGUGUUUUCAUGGCGCAGCCAGGCAGCCUGAUCCGCUGAUCUGAGGGUCGGAGCCAGGCCCUGGGGGGCGACACCUCUGCCCGGUUACCCAGCCGUACUCACCCCCGCCAUGUCCACGCACUGACGGGCCAGGGAACCGUCUCAGGACCCGGACAGACAGCACCGUCCCCGGGGGGACACACUCCGUCUCCCGCGACUCCCGGACGCUUUUACCAGAGCAAGAGCAGGGGAAACACAGAGGAUACCAGGGGCAUUUGUGCAGUGAUUGUCCCGGGAACAGCUCCACCAUGACGGGCAGCACCCCGGCAGACAUGAUAAACCUGCGGCUUAUUUUAGUCAGCGGGAAGACGAAAGAGUUCCUGUUCUCCCCCAACGACUCGGCAGCAGACAUCGCCAAACAUGUUUAUGACAACUGGCCAAUGGACUGGGAGGUGGAGCAGGUCACCAGUCCCAGCAUCCUGAGGCUGAUCUACCAGGGACGCUUCCUACACGGCAACGUGACACUAGGAGCUCUCAAGCUGCCCCUGGGGAAGACCACAGUGAUGCAUUUAGUUGCCAGAGAGACUUUGCCUGAGCCAAAUUCCCAAGGUCAAAGGAAUAGAGAGAAGACGGGGGAGAGUAACUGCUGUGUCAUUCUUUAAAUCCACACCUGCGCUGCCAGCCCUCCAUCCUCCUCAUCUGUUCACGCCAUCAGUGUCCCGGACCCAGCGAGCUCGUCCCCCGUCCCGGAGCUGGUCCCCGACGUGGAUAUGCAUCAAGACAAACACGCAUUCACACCUAGAUAGGAAUAGAAAUCAGGCUCAGACCGGUCUAACGCAGUGUUAGGGAGCAGAAACAUUAUCAGUAGAAGUGAUUCCCUUUUUUGCUCAUUAAUUUGACGUCAUAGCUGAAACACGACAGGAAGGAACUGGAUUUGCAUGCGUUUUUCUUUCUCUUCUUAAGCCUUCUGUUAUUCACUUGUGCACACAAGCUCCCCUUCAUGCAGCACACAUGCACCCACCUCAGCUUCCAGCCGGCUCAUCCUUGCAAUGCUGGGCCCAAAUUUGGGGGUGUGGUCUUUGCUGUUUUUGCACAGCCCCCGCUGAGAAUUGGAACCACUAACAGUUUCACCAACGCGCUGACCAUUAACACCCGGUAAAUCCGCUCAAACGGAGGUGUCGGUGGGAAAUCCAUCAGCGCGGCAGCAAAAACGCAGAUGUGCCUGAUCGGAGAACUCACCCCGAGAUGAUCUCGCUCACACAAACGGUAGACAAAACACACAUCUGUGCACUUUUUACUGCUCUAAUCUACACGUGCCCUUAAAGGUGGAAAGAAAAACGGACUUGUUUUUAGUUUGCAGACCGAACACAUCCUGCCCGGCAGAAACAUCCAGUGUUGGCAUCUUGUUUUGGAUAUUUAUUUGUCCGCGACUGUAGUGACCGUGUUACGGCAGUCUGUGCAGAUUACCGAGCGACUAGUGUUGUGAUUUAUCAAGAGAAAUAAGUGACGUUUUUCCUCCUUUGCUGACACACCUUCCCCGGCCUCCCCGUGCUCCCUCUUCAAUCAGUGUUGUGAAAGAUUUCUGCAAACGCAGGGAAAUUAACCCCGAAUGAAAAUGAUUUGUUUCGUCUUAAUUCACUUCUCUCUUCUCACAUCUGCAGUAAUAGGUCCAUUUUUGCACAACUGAAGCCUAGGCGAAAAUCAGAUUAAUACAAAUGUAUGAGAGGUUUAUUGUUUUCUUUUCUGUGUUUCCGAUGGAAGUAAUGUUCCAAACUAAGGUAACAUGUGUAGAAUAUAUUUAAUAUGAAUCUUACAUAGAACACGAUGACUUUAGAUCUUGCUGAUAAACAUUAUACUGGUGUUUAGUCUAUGAUUGUGUUUACGGUUCUCUUCUAGCCAGUUCACAGUCGCUUGCUGACGGUGUCUUGUGCUUAACAGCCAAUCCUCCCUAAUCAUUGAUGGACUGAUGAAUUUGUAUUCUUUUUCUUCAUUUUUCUUUUGUUUCAUUUGUUUAUAAUUUAAUGUAAUCCUCUUUCUUGGUGUUAUUUUAUCUUUUGCUUUAAAGAAUCACUUUAUAACAGCACUAGGUCUUAAAAAAAUAUUGUAUUGAUCAGGGUUCAAAUCUGUACAGAGAUAAACGUUUUCAAACCAAUUGUAAAUAGCACUAAUGCUCCCUUUUCCCCUCCGCCAAUCUUCAAAAAUGGAGUACAUCUGUAAACUAAAUAAAGGUUAUUGAAGUGC